AAACGGAGCGGUAGGGAUAGAGAACGAAAUGGUACGGAGCAACAGUUUUUAAGCUCUCCAUAUCGGAAAUUGGUAGGGUACGAAAACACAACAACAAAAUCACAGAAAAUAUUCGGUAUUUCCUUCAGAGGAAUGGCCGAAAAUUCUUUUGGCGAUGGUGGAUUUGAUCAGUCAAGCUUUCUUGAAAAUGAAUUGAAGAAGAUUAAUGCCAGCCCAACCACUGCGCAGCAGUUUGUAUUUGGGCGUGCCGGAAGUACGGGCUCAAUUCCAGGAUCUUCAGCAUCAUCUGCACACAACACUGAUGAUGAAGACAGCGAUAGUAGUCGUGCAACAUUGAGCUACAAGGAUCGUCGUAGAGAGGCUCAUACUGCAGCAGAGCAGAAACGUAGAGACGCCAUCAAGCGUGGCUAUGAUGAGUUACAGGGUAUUGUUCCUACAUGCACUCAGACAGACACCCUCGGUCCUUCAAAACUGAGCAAGGCUACCAUACUGCAGAGAUCAAUUGACUAUAUUCAGUAUUUGGUACAGCAAAAGAAGAAGCAAGAAGAUGAGCUGGACUCACUUCGUAAAGAAGUCAUGGCGCUGAAAAUCAUGAAAGCUAACUACGAGCAUAUUGUAAAGACACACCAGAACCAGCCAGUCCAUGGACAGAAUCAGGUGUCAGAUGCUGCCAAAUUCCAAGUGUUUAAACAGAUCAUGGAUGCAUUGUUUUGUACAUUCAAUGCUAACAUCUCAGUUGCUAACUUUGCCGAGCUAUCAGCAUGCGUCUUCAGCUGGCUGGAGGAGUAUUGCAAACCUCAGACACUGAGAGAAGUUGUUCUUGGAAUCCUUCGACAGAUGAAUCAGCAACUCAGUCAGUGAUCUCUUCUGUAAUGUGGUGAUGAUCUCUGUACAGAUUUUGAACUCAGUGGGAGAAUUCUUUCUUUUGAAAGUGAUAAUCACUCAUAUUUGUUAUCAACUGUUAUUUUGUUUGUUUAUAAAACUGUGUUGUUUUUCUGAUGUGAAUGGAUGUGUUAGUUUGAUAGGGUAAAACAUCAAUUUUAUUAUGUUGGUUAAUGGGGCUUAAUUAUGGGCUGAUAGGAAUUAUGUGUCUUGACUCUAAGAGCUGACCCAAUUUCAGUCAGAGGCAAAUGUUUAGCUGAAAAUUUUACAAAAAGAUGGUAUGUCUGAAGUCAUUGGUCUCCAACUUCUGUUUCAUGUUGUGAAGUUGUCAGUUAAUUGUGGAGGAUAGGUCAGUACUGGUACAGAAUCCAGUUACACUGGUAAGGUUAACUACCUUUAAGUACAUGGCUGAAACAUGGACAUAAAAUUGCAUUAAAACUUGUGCAAUUUAUAAUUGAGUCAAUGUUCUUUAGAAUUGUUUGGAGUUUAUGCUCCAAAUCACUAAUUUUAAAUAGUCCUGUUGAGUAGGAUGAUUUUAAGAGAAUUUUGUAAGCAUUUUUUAGAAUACUGAAGAAUUUAUUAUAGUUUCAGGCUAGCAUUGUAAAAAAGCUUGAAGAAAUGAUCCUGUCUUGCUGGACAUUAAAGAUUUCAUGACAAAUCAUGGUUUCUCCAGUAAAUAGCUUGAAUAUCAUAUUUUUAGCAGACCUAUUUCAGUCAUUGAUACUCCUGGAAAAUUUAGAUAAGCAUUAUUCAUGUUUUUGGAGUUUGUAACUUGUUAUUAUAACAUUUGAUGAGGUUUAAAUCAACUGUUUUGUGAUUUUAUGUUAAACAAAUUUUUAUGUCAUAUUGAAGUAUGUUAUUUGUGUGUAAAUAGUUCCAUAGAGGACGUGUUGUGUAUAGAGUGUGAGAUAUAUCUGUAUUUACUGUGGGGAAUCACAUGAACAAAAUAAUCUCUAAACCAAAGUUACAUUUUGAAGAACAUGAAUAAAUUUCCUAUCAUGAUAAGAUAUGAAACUUAAACAAAGCCUAUCAUAUGACUAAUGAAAAUUGUUAGAUUAUUAUGUAGUUGACAAUAAUGAUAGAUAUCUGUAAUUACAGGAAAAUAAGAAGUCUCAGUUUCUUUAAGUGUUCCAGAUAAUCAGAAGGUGAUUGUGAUUGAAAUCCAUGAGAAAACCAACAUAGUGGGUAUGCGACCAGCAUGGAUCCAGACCAACCUGCGCAUCCACGCAGUCUGGUCAGGAUCCAUGCUGUUUGCUAACAGUUUCUCCAAUUCCAAUAGGCUUUAAAAGUGAACAGCAUGGAGCCUGACCAGACUGCGCGGAUGCGCAGGCUUGUCUGGAUCCAUGCUGGUCGCAAAGCCACUAUGUUGGUUUUCCCAUGGCACGGCUCAUUUCAAUAUUAUCCUGUAUUUUUCAUAUAUUUAUUUUGGUUUAGAGAUUAUUUUGAUCAUUUGAUUCCCCACAGUGUAUUAUCUUGGAGAGCAUAUCAUGCAGAUAUGAUUUGAAAUUGACUUCCAACAUAUUUUUUCGAACCAAUAAUGUUAGUAAUUUUAAGGGUUUGGUGUGCAAACUUGAAACCAGAGAUCGAGCCAGUGCCAGUAUACUUUAUCCUUAAUAUAUUUGAGAUUGAAACUGCUUAUUGCAGUUACAAAAAAUCAAAAUAAAUAGAUGGAAAAACAAAG